UAUGUUGUCCUUUGACCUAUAUAAUAUAAAGACUCGGAAAAGUAUAAAAAUAAAAAAUGCCGAUAAAUUUGAAGUAGGGACCUAUUCGCAAUGUAAUAGUAAUUACUAUACAUAUGAUAUUACGUAGUUAUAGUCUAAGUAUAACAUCUUCUAGUGUGUACAGUCCAUAGUCGGAUAUUAUCCAUUAUCACAAUAUCAAAAACGUAUUAUAGCGCCAUUUUGGAGGGUGAACCACGUGAUAAAGGGUCGGGAGGUCAUGGUCAAGAUAAAUUAGUCAAUACAAUUAGAUUACUGUUGAUUUCGCCAACAUCGAUAUAUUAUGUUAUUUCUGUUGACAGAUUUAAAUGUUAGCGGGUCUACGUGUGUUGUCUGUUUGAGUAUAUUGUCGACAUUGAUUGAACUCAAUCAUUAUUAAACUGAUUUUCAUUGGUUUAUUUGUACUCAGCUUUCACAACUCUUGAUCCGGAAACGGGGUAUGCUGGGAAUGUUAUUUUAACAAUAUGGCGCGCAUGUUGAAUAUAAUUCGCGGAUUGCGAGAAAAAUUUACAAUUUACAGCUACUUGGAUUACUUAGAUUACUUGGAUUACAUAGAGGAGAACAAGAUAUAUUAUAGUUAUACCAGUUAUAGUUGAGCGAGUUAUAUUUGAAGGACACUUCAUUACUCUUUGAGGAAGAACGAAAAGAGAAUAUUAUUUCAAGAAAGAAGUGGAAAUAUAAACACCUUGACUUUAAAAUGUAUGCAGUUGUUGAAUUCCUUGAUGAUCAUGAAGUUGCGGUUGUAAAUGCUGACUGGGUGUUGCCAAAUGGAUUCUGUUUUUGGCCACCAUUUAAGAAUGCCAGUAAAUUGAAUAAGUGUGUCAUCAACUGUGUGGAAGCAGAUGAAAGUUGGCUGAAACUUAAAGUUCGCAAAUUCUCAGAGACCAGUGACUACAGCAAAGCAAGAGAAAGAGUGGCAAGGGCAGAAGAAACCUCGCAAGUUGAAUCAGAUGUGGAAGAGAUCCAGCCGAGGAAAAGAAGGCAACCUAUUCGGUUCAUUGAAUCCUCCAGUGAUUCUGAAGAUGAGCACCAAAAACACCCAUCACCACCAAAAAUAAACACUUCCAGAUUAAGCAUGAACUCGCCAGUGACACCAUCUACACCUCAGCGGUCAGUAGAGCAAAUUAGACGACAAUUUACAACAGGUGCUGGCCUAAUUAGCUCCACCCCAUUAGCAGCCCCUGAACGACCAAUAGCACCCAAACCAGUAGCACCAGCUUACAUGUUGCAAAUAAUUACAAUGCUGGAAAAAAUAAACCAAAGGAUGGACGAUAUGGAGAAAACCCAACGGGAGCAAACUGGAAAAUUAAACCAACUUUUGAUUGUUGCUGGUGUCGCUGGACCAGAAUUAGAACUCCCAGCAUCACUUAAAUUGCCUAUGAGUACAAUCGUAGAAUGUAAUGGUGUAAUGAUGUCGCUGAAAGACAAGAGCACAAAAGAGAGUUUGAUCUUACAUUUGAGUACCAUUGGGGGUACAAAUGCAAAAGAAGUGACAAAAAGAAUAAUGAAAGUUUUGUUUACCGAUACACUCGCUACUCAUUACAAUUGGAAGGGAAAGGGGGACAAAACAGCUUUUUCUACACUGAUUUUUAAAGACAUUAUUGAAAGAGCUGUACGAAAAAAUCCGAUGACCAGGUAUGCAACAGACUUAGAAAUCAAUGAAUGCAUUAAAAAUUGGCUUCGUUAUGCGCCAGAAAGAAUGAAAAAGGUCAUUUUGUAAAUAUAUAAUUUUUUUCUGCAUGUGUAUUUUGUUGGUAAUUUAUUCACUAGCUCUGAUUAUCUCCCUUGUUUGAUGGUCUUAAUAUAUUGGAUAGGUGAAAAUUUUCAAAACUUUGUAUAUACCGGAUUCUCUUUUUUUAAUUUUCGUAGUUUAA